GCUAUUUAAGCAAGCAUUUUGCCAAAGGAUUUCAGAUCGAUCUCCUUAAGCGACGACAACACUUCUCUUCGCUGAACUUCGAGACUGAACGCCUUCUCUCACCUGCUGGAAGGAGCUCUUCUUGCCGUUGAAGAGGCAAUGCAGCGGACCAGCUGAGGACCUGCAGCGCCGGCGCCCUCGCAGACUGCCCGCUCUCGAGCCGCCCGUUUCGUGUCUCCGGGUUUCUCAGCGCUUCCCUUGCCGCCAUCCGGCGAGCAAUUUAAAGAGCUAUUUUUAGCGGUUUUAAUUGCUUAAAAGAACAAUUUCUCCGCCGUUUAAACAGCGAUCUCUCGCUCUGCGGAUCGUCGCUCUCUAGCAGCUGUUCACCGCGCCGCCAACAAGCCGCCUUCAGCAUAUGAGAGCACUCGUUCAGCUCAUCCCCUGCCGUCUUCUGUCAGGUUUCUUUACCCUCACGCAGUGUGUCCCUCAGUAUGUCUUUGUGAAUGAAUCCAAGACUUGGGCCGAAGCUCAGAGAUACUGUAGGGAGAAAUACACUGAUCUGGCCACUAUUGAAAAUAAUCAACAGACGAUCCAGUUGAUCGACACAGUGAAUGAUGAUUCCAUUGAUUUGGCUUGGAUUGGGCUCCAUGAUGAUCUGAGCACUUGGAAAUGGACUCUAGAGGACAGUGGUUUCUUCAAGAAAGGAGAAAAAGACUUCAGGAACUGGUAUAACCCAGGACCAAGUAAUAAUGGAGAUGAGUGUGUGUAUAUGAACAGAGGGAUAUGGCACACAGCACACUGUGGCAAUGGAUAUCUGACUGUUUGCUAUGAUGGAAGAGAAAAUGCCAGUGAUACUUAUGUGUUUGUUAACCUGUACAAUAGCUGGGCUGAAGCUCAGAGUUACUGCAGAGAACAUCACACAGACCUCAUCAGUAUCAGGAAUGAGACUGAACAACAGAAGAUUCAGUAUUUUUUAAGGAAUUAUGAUGGUUUCAAUGUUUGGAUUGGACUGUACAAACCUAGAUCUUGGUCAGAUCAGAGCAACUCUUCAUUCAGAAUCUGGAGCAGCGGACAGCCAGAUACUGCAGGAUCCUGCACUGUAGUCUCAUUCAGUGACUCCGGGAGCUGGACAGAUGAAAACUGCGAUUAUGUUUUUCCUUUCUUUUGCUACAGUGCAUUAGCAUCAUCCCGCCAGUAUCACUUUGUGAAUGAAUCCAAGACCUGGACUGAAGCUCAGAGAUACUGCAGACAGAAUUACACUGAUCUGGCCACCAUUGAUAACAUGGAGGAAAUGAACAGGUUGAUUAACACAGUUAAUGGGAGUUACAGCGGCUCAGCCUGGAUUGGUCUGUAUGAUGAUGUGAACAACUGGAGAUGGUCAUUGGAGGAUAAUGACUUUUAUCAGGAUGGAAAGACAGAUUUCAGAAACUUUUAUCAUGAACCAGACAACAGUGGGGGAAAUGAACUGUGUGUUUACAUGGAGAGUAAUGGAAACUGGUAUGAUGUGUCAUGUGAUAAUGCACUGCAAUUCGUUUGCUAUGAUGGUAAUGCCACAGAGACUUACAUCAAAAUCACUGAUGAGAAACCCUGGUCAGAGGCUCAUAGAUACUGCAGAGAUCAUUACACAGAUCUCGCCAAUGUGAGAAAUCAGACGGAGAACCAGAGGAUCCUUGAGAUUGCAGGAGGAUAUAAAGUCUGGAUCGGACUGUACAGAAACAGGGUUUGGUCAAACAAUCAGAUGACCAGUUAUCAAAACUGGAGGCCGCAAAUUCCUGUGUUACAGACGCAACCAGACAAUGGAAAUAAUCAAGCUUAUGAAUAUCCAUAUCAGCACUGCACUGCAGUAUCAUUCAGAUAUUCAGGCCAUUGGACAGAUGAGAUAUGUGUAUCCAGCAUGCCUUUCUUCUGCUACAGCAGAACCUGCACACAAUCUUCAUGUACUCACCAGUAUCACUUUGUGUCUGAGUCUAAGACCUGGACUGAAGCUCAGAGUUACUGCAGACAGAAUUACACUGAUCUGGCCACUGUUGAUAACAUGGAGGAAAUGAAAAGACUCAUUAAAACAGUACGUGGCACUUACUAUGGCUCAGCUUGGAUUGGUCUGUAUGAAGAUAUGAACAGCUGGAAAUGGUCUCUGGAGAAUGCAACAUUAGAGAAAGGUUUUACAAGCUGGUAUGUCCAGCAACCAGUGAACUCAGGUGGACAGAGUCUCUGUGUGUACAUGACAAAUAACCGGGGAACAUGGAGUGAAAUGUCUUGCCACCAAUUUCCACUUCCAUUUGUUUGCUAUGAUGGAAGAGUGAACGCUAGUGAAAGUUAUGUGCCUGUUUACGAGCCGAAAACCUGGACUGAAGCCCAGAGUUACUGCAGAGAAUAUCACACAGACCUCGUCAGUAUCAGGAAUGAGAUUGAAAACUACAGGGUUCACAUAUUACUUUUAAAUAAUUAUGGUGUUUGGAUUGGACUGCACAGAACCAGAUCUUGGUCAGAUCAGAGCAACUCUUCAUUCAGUAACUGGAUGACAGGACAGCCAGAUAAUGCUGAAACCAGUGAAUACUGCACUGCAGUGUCAUUUAGUGACUCUGGGAGCUGGACAGAUGAAAACUGUAAUAAUGCAUUACCUUUCAUUUGCUAUAGCGCAUUGGCAUCAUCCCGGGAGUAUCACUUUGUGAAUGAGUCUAAGACCUGGACUGAAGCUCAGAGAUACUGCAGACAGAAUUACACUGAUCUGGCCACCAUUGAUAACAUGGAGGAAAUGAACAGGUCGAUUAACACAGUUAAUGGGAGUUACAGCGGCUCAGCCUGGAUUGGUCUGUAUGAUGAUGUGAACAACUGGAAAUGGUCAUUGGAGGAUAAUGACUUUUAUUCAGAUGGAGAGAGAGAUUUCAGAAACUUCUAUCAUGAACCAAACAACGUUGAGGGGAAUGAACUAUGUGUUUACAUGCAUUAUAAUGGAAACUGGUAUGAUACGUUAUGUGAAUAUUGGAAAACAUUUGUCUGUUAUGAUGGUAGAGAAAAUGCCUCUCAGAAGUAUGUCUUGGUAUUUGAGGGAAAGACCUGGCCUGAAGCUCAGAGAUACUGCAGAGAGAUGUACACAGACCUGGCCAGUGUGAGAGAUGAGACGGAGCGUCAACAGAUACUGAGCAUUACACCUGUUGGUUGGUCUGUAUGGAUUGGUCUGCAUAGAAACAGACUGUGGUCAGAUCAGAGCAGCUCUUCCUUCACAUAUUGGCUGCCAUAUACUCAACAUAUUGUUGCACAACCAGAUAAUGGUGAAUAUGUCCCAGGAGAGCACGGAUAUCAACACUGCACAGCUGCAUCUUUAAAAUACUUUGGCCAGUGGACAGAUGAAACAUGCAUUGCCAGUUUGCCUUUCUUCUGUUACAGUGAUACGUAUGUGAUGGGAAUGCGAAUAGAAGUUACAAGCCUAGAAAAUCUGUCAAAGUCUCAGAUUGAAGCACUUGUCAUUAUACAGUUAAAAGAAGAGCUGAUCAAGCUCGGACUUCCCAACAACAUCACAACGCAUUUGAGAGACUAUCGUAUGAUCAAUCCCUGAUGUAGGAGGAAAGCGCGUUGCAGUUUCAAAUAAAUACAGUUGUCGGCUCAAUACAUCAUUGAGCAUGAAAUUAUAAAGAUGUUUACAAAUGAAUAAUCCAGAUUUUGUUUUUCCAAAAUGUUUUGUCAUUGGCAUGUGUUGUUUAACAGGCCAAUUAAAUCAGUGAAGGGAGUUAUAUAAAAAUACUAACAAUGAAUGUAGCUUGAUUUUCAAUGUCAGAAUGAUGGAAAAUUGUAACAUACUGUACAAUGUACUUGUUAUGCUGAUUUUUUUUUUUUUUUUUUAAAUGAAUGUUAUAUUUUGAUCUUAAUAUGAUCUACAACAGGGGUGGGGACCAUUGAUCCUGGAGGGCCAUUGUCCUGCAGAGUUUAGCUCCAACCCUCAUUUAACACACCUGAAGCUAAUCAAGGUCUUCAGAAUUACUAAAGUUACAGGUAGGUGAAUGUUCUUUUCAGGGUUGGAGUUAAACUCUGCAGGACAAUGGAUCAAUGUUCCCCACCCCUGAUCUACAAUGAUUUUGAUUUUAUUUGAAGUACUAAAUGUUGCAUCAGUAAAGUUGGCUAAAGUUUGAAACUUUGUGGUUGUUUUAUGGGACUUAAGGAUUAGUAGAACCAAAGGAAUGAAAACCUGAUUAAAAUUAUGAUCCUGGCA